CGACUGGUCGCUUCGCUUCCGGAGUCGCAGCAGUGGUAUUCCUGCUAUUUUGUGUAAUCGUCUCAGCGUUAUCUUUUGAUACUGAUAACGAGGCGCGUACUACAGCUGAUGGUCGAGAGAUAUUUGGUAUGUUUUUUUUCCGCACAGAUAACAUACGCAUUGCUGAAUGAAGUUUACGGAAACGUCAGUGAGAGAGUACGGUGUAUGACCGGUGGUGUGUGAUUUCCUCAGAGUAUGGGGUCUCGCCGGCCGCCGGAUGGGUCGCUGGAGCUGGUGUGGGUGUUCGGGUACAAUGGCCACACAGCCAGGAACAACGUCUCGGUCAACAAAGGUGGUCAGCUCGUCUACUAUGUGGCUGGUGUCGGGGUCGUCCAUGAUAUCGUUAACAAGAAACAAACAUUCUACACGGGUCAUAAUGAUGCUAUUACUAGUCUUGCAGCGACGGGUGAGGGAAGUAUGGCAGCCACUGGACAGGUGGGUAAGGAUGCCUAUAUCACGGUCUGGGACACCACCACCUGCAGCCCCGUCAGUGUUUUGAAGGAUGGCCAUACUCACCGUGUCUCAUCUUUAGCCUUCUCUACGGAUACUCAGUUGUUGGCAUCGGUGGGUGGACCUGACCACAAGCAGGUGCUGAUGGUGUGGGAGUGGGAGAAGGGACUACGACUUGCCCACAACGUCGCGUACUCCGGCAAGGUGGAGGCAGUAGCGUGGGAGCUUGGAUCAAGGGCCAGGCUCGUCACUUGCGGCCACAACCAUGUCAAGUUCUGGAAACUGAGUGGCAACGUUCUUCAGGGCAGCUCUGGGGUCUUCGGGGACGAGCCGACCGCCGACCAGACCAGCGUUUCGUACCUGCAGGACGCCAGAGUCGUCACCGGUACCGCCACGGGCCAUCUAUAUGUCUGGAGCCACGCCAAGCUCCUCUCUGCCAUCAAGGAUGUCCACCCGGGCGGGGUGCUGGCGACGCAGGCGUACCCUGGGGGCCUGCUCUCUGGGGGCACCGACGGGGCUAUUGCCCUCUUUGAUACGAAGCUUAACAGGGUCUCCACCCUCUCAGGAGGUGCAAGCUUAGUGUAUAAGACGCCUGGACCAAUACAUUCCCUGGCUGUCUUUAAUGACAAGGUCAUAGUUGGGACGGAGAGGAACGAGGUAUGGACAGUGUUCUUGCCGGGUGACGGAGGACAGGAGCCCGGCUUGGCGGCUGCCAGAGAGGAGAGCGAGUGCGAGGUGCAGGGGCACGGCCUAGGCGAGGUGUGGGGCUUGGCGACGCAUCCCACCUUGCCCAUAGCAGUCACCACCUCAGACGACCGCACUGUCAGACUGUGGGACUUGGAGGAGAGGCGGCCAAUGGCGACCACUGUGCUGGAACAUGCGGGGCGAGCAGCGGCCUUUAGUCCAGAUGGUCUGUUUGUGGCAGUGGGCCUGAUGCAGGGCACCUUUGUCAUCCUCCAGGCAGAAGAGCUGGAGGUGAAGCAUAGCGUGAGUGACCGCCAGGAGCAGCGGAGUGACCUCAAGUAUUCGCCCAGUGGCCUCUUCCUCGCUGUUGCUUCUAAUGAUAACUUUGUGGACAUCUACAAGGCGGACGCCGGGUACGAGAGGUGCCAGGUGCUGAAGGGCGCCUCCUCCUUCAUCACACACCUCGACUGGUCGACAGACUCCGCCUACCUUCAGCUCAACUCCGGCGCAGGAGAGAGACUUAUCUUCCAUGUUCAAAAGGAGUGUGUGGUUGACGAGAGCAGCCUGCCAGGGGUGGAGUGGUGGUCGUGGACAGGUGUGCUGGGGACGCAGGUGGCUGGCAUCUGGCACAAGUACGCCGACACCUCUGAUGUUAACACCUGUGACGCCAACUUCCGUCGUGCCAUUAUGGUGACUGGAGACGACCAUGGCUUUGUCAAACUGUUCCGGUUCCCCUGCACGAAGCGAGGAUCGAAGAGUCGUAUCGCCGUGGGUCACAGCGAACACGUGACCAACGUCCGGUGGACCUGCGACGCUGAACAUGUUGUGUCUGUGGGCGGCGCCGACCACGCUGUCUUCCUCUGGAGGCUGGGGCCCUCGCGCCAGACCUCGGCGCCUGAACAAACAGUUAGGCUGCCAUCUGCCGUGGAAAAGCAGUCAGACGAGGACACCCUGGACACUGAAGACGAGUUGGAGGGCAUCCCGGAACUGACCCAGGAACUGGAGGAGGACCUGGCCGUGAACACAGCCAGCGCCAGACAGCGACGGAAAAAGAAGAAAAGCCGAGACAGUUACAUGCCAGGUGUUGAGAUAGCUGAAGACUCCACCUUCGCCAAACGUCGUAAUGCUACAAGUAGAAAAUCUCAAGAAAAUAUUCAGCCCAAUGAGAGUCUUCGUUUGCAACACGUAUUUGGAAUCCAUGCCCACGAAUGUCGAAACAAUGCCCACUGGCUCAAGACGAGGCAGGUUGUGUACCACGUUGCUGCCAUAGGUGUGGUGUGCGAACCGACCACCGGGGCCCAGCGCCACUACCUCCACCACACUGAUGACAUUCUCUGUCUCGCUGUUCACCCUGAAGGCACCCUGGUCGCUUCAGGUCAGAUAGGACGGGAGACCACUGUGCACGUGUGGGACACAGAGGACAUGGGUGUUGUAUCGCUGUUGCAAAGUGGUCACACGAGGGGCGUGGUGAAUGUUAACUUCAGCCAGGACGGUGAGCGGGUCGCUUCCGUGGGCCUCGACGACUACCACACCGUCGUCGUCUGGAACUGGCGUAAGGGGUACAAGCUGGCUUCAGCCAGGGGCCACAGUGACAAGGUGUUUGGGGUGAAGUUUAGUCCAAGUAACAACAAUCAUCUAGUGACCCAUGGCGUCAAGCACAUAAAGUUCUGGUCGCAAGCUGGAGGAGGCCUCACUUACCGCCAAGUCGUGCUCGGCCAGAAAUUCAGACAGACUACGGUUCUGUGUAGUGCUGUGGGCGGGGGCGAGGGCGCGUCUGAGUGGUGGCUCCUGGGACUGUCGUCAGGCACUGUACUCGUCGUGAGAGAUGCCAAGGUGGAGAGGACGGUUAAAGCCCACAAAUUACCAAUAUACACCAUACUUGUAACACAAAAGAACGUGUGGACAGCUGGCCAGGGAGGCUACGUAUGCAAGUGGGACUCUGAGAUGAAGCAGUGCGAGAAGGUGUUGCCGGCCACAGACCAUUUCCUGGAGGACGCCGCCUGCGUUGGCCUCAGCUCCUCUCAGCCGGGACUACGAAGUCUCUCCGCGGCCCCGGACACACUGAUGCCUCUUCUCGUUGCCACACAGCAUGCUGAACUCUUACUUAUGGACGCCAAUGGAAAGUUCACUAUGCUAGUGAAGGGACAUAGCAAGGGUGAAGUGUGGGGUCUGGAUACACACCCGCGCCUCAACGAAGCAGUGACAGUAGGCGGCGACAACACCCUCCGACGCUGGGGCCUGGAGGGCCGGGCUCUGGCCUGUGUCACCCUCAGGAAAACUGCACGGUGUCUACACUAUCACCCCACUGCCGACCUCCUGGCCGUUGGCUACUUGGAUGGAAGUGUUGCGCUGUACCUGUAUCCUAGCCUGCAGAAACAUGCCGGAGUUCACCAUAGAUCUGAGGGCAUCUCUGACCUGAAGUUCUCUCCUGACGGUCGCUUUCUUGCUGUCGGGUCACACGAGAGCCUCGUUGAUAUUUAUGUAGUGGAGACUGACGCGGAGAGUGGGAGUAAGGAAGGGUCAGGUCUGCGCAGAGUUGGGCUGUGUCGCGGAGCUUCCUCCUGGGUCACUCAUCUCACCUGGCAUAAGGAUUCGCGACUCAUCCAGAUCAAUACGGGUGCGGGAGAACAGCUGUACUACGAAGCUCCACACGGGACCCGUCAGUUAAUUCCUGAUUCCACCGCCUCUGAAUUGGCCUGGGCCUCUCCGAUGACGUGCCCACUGGACGCCACCGUCGAGGGUAUCUGGGCACCACACAUGGACCUAACAGACAUUAAUGCCAUUGCUCCAGCCCAUAAGCUGCCUGUAGUGGCUACCGCUGCAGAUGACCACGGCCUUGUCAGGCUCUUCAGAUUCCCGUGUCAGGGAGGACUGAAGAAGCACCGCCAGUACCGCGGCCACAGUGCGCACGUCACCAAUGUGUGCUGGUCGUACGACGACUCCCUGCUGGUGACGACGGGCGGGGCAGACACCUCCGUCAUCGUCUGGCGGGUGACGGAGGAGCCGCCCGGCCACGAUGACGAAGGCACAGUACCUGAUCCUCAGAGCCAGGAACGUGCUAUUGACGAUCUGCCUGAUGGAGAGUUGGCGGUAACGGACUUGGAAGCAGCAGGUCAGGAGGAGGAUCUGGUGGUGAGCGUUACCAGGGAGAGCAAACGGUCUAAGACCCCAGGUAAGCCCACGUCGUCGAAGACGUCGAGCAAGCCUUCAUCUUCAAAGACGCCAGACAAGCCCCCGACGUCAAAGGCGCCAAGCAAGCCUUCUCCUUCACAGACGCCAAACAAGCCUCCGCCUUCAGAGAGCUCUACUACGGCCAUCUCUGCUACCCACCUCAGGUCCCUGCCAACCCCAGACCCUGAUGACAAAACAGUGUUUUACUGCAGCGGCUCCAUUGUGGGUCGGAUAAAUGUAACCCAAGAAGGCGCAGUGGAGAGUCAGCACGUCGGGUAUGGGGAGCACAAGUCCUUCGUCACCGCCCUGGCGGUCUCUUGUGCGGAGCCUCGCAUGAUCGCAACGGCCCAGUUGGGGAUGGUGGAGGACACGACGGAGGAGAACGGGGACUACGCCCUGGUGCACGUGUGGCGCCCUAGCGACGGUACCACUACGGCUGUGUUGAGGGGCGGCCCGGAGACCCUCGUGUCUGCCUUGAGCUUCUCCCCCAGCGGCAGGUUCCUCGCCUCUCUGGCUGAUGCAUCUGUUGUACACAUCUUUAACUGGAUUAAAGGUGUACACGUCGGUCACAUCGAACUGAAGGCUGGCAUGGUGAUAGCGAUGGCGCACUCGAGUGAGACGACGCUGGUAGUGUUGACGCCCGGCUCGCUUCUCUUCCUGGAUCUGGUGGGCAACUCCCUGGUGUCAACACGCGGCCAUAUUGCUCCAGAUCUUCUCCCACCUGACAUUGCCUUCAAUGGACUGGAUGUAUCUCUUAAUGGUCAGGUUUAUCUAGGGUGCAAUGACGGCAGUGUCGUGGAGUGGAAAGGUCGCGUAGCAGCCCGCCGUAUUGCUCCGCCUGAUGACUCUGAAACCAUAUCCCCAGUCCGGAUGUCCAUUGCAGCUGGACAGGGAGCUGUAUUCACCGCCUGCAGACUGGAGUCUGUGAUCGUGGUCCGGUGUUACAUAACUGAUGAGAACGAGCUGCGGUUCUUCUCCGACUCUCAGAUCACAGCGCCUGAGGACAACUGGACGCCCAUCACCGCUAGAUUAGGGACAACUCUGCUCGUUCUUGGCUCUCGAAGAAACCACCCUUUUAUUAUUUUGGAUCUCAAGUCUGGAAAAUUUACUAUGAUAGAAAAUGCUUAGAUGAUACAAAUGUUAUUUUGAGAUAAAUGUUUCCUCUCGCAGUGAGAAAAGUAUAGACUGUAUCGUAUAUAUAGAUUGUAUAUCUGUAUAGACUGCCGUCUAUAAACGUCUGUAUAUCUGUAUAGACUGCCGUCUAUAAACGUCUGUAUAUCUGUAUAGACUGCCGUCUAUAAACGUCUGUAUAGACUGCCGUCUAUAAACGUCUGUAUAGACUGCUGUCUAUAAACGUCUGUAUAGACUGCCGUCUAUAAACGUCUGUAUAGACUGCCGUCUAUAAACGUCUGUAUAGACUGCCGUCUAUAAACGUCUGUAUAGACUGCCGUCUAUAAACGUCUGUAUAGACUGCCGUCUAUAAACGUCUGUAUAGACUGCCGUCUAUAAACGUCUGUAUAGACUGCCGUCUAUAAAAGUCUGUAUAGACUGCCGUCUAUAAAAGUCUGUAUAGACUGCCGUCUAUAAAAGUCUGUAUAGACUGCCGUCUAUAAAAGUCUGUAUAGACUGCCGUCUAUAAAAGUCUGUAUAGACUGCCGUCUAUAAAAGUCUGUAUAGACUGCCGUCUAUAAAAGUCUGUAUAGACUGCCGUCUAUAAAAGUCUGUAUAGACUGCCGUCUAUAAAAGUCUGUAUAGACUGCCGUCUAUAAAAGUCUGUAUAGACUGCCGUCUGUAAAAGUCUGUAUAGACUGCCGUCUGUAAAAGUCUGUAUAGACUGCCGUCUGUAAAAGUCUGUAUAGACUGCCGUCUGUAAAAGUCUGUAUAGACUGCCGUCUGUAAAAGUCUGUAUAGACUGCCGUCUGUAAAAGUCUGUAUAGACUGCCGUCUGUAAAAGUCUGUAUAGACUGCCGUCUGUAAAAGUCUGUAUAGACUGCCGUCUGUAAAAGUCUGUAUAGACUGCCGUCUAUAAAAGUCUGUAUAGACUGCCGUCUAUAAAAGUCUGUAUAGACUGCCGUCUAUAAAAGUCUGUAUAGACUGCCGUCUAUAAAAGUCUGUAUAGACUGCCGUCUAUAAAAGUCUGUAUAGACUGCCGUCUAUAAAAGUCUGUAUAGACUGCCGUCUAUAAAAGUCUGUAUAGACUGCCGUCUAUAAAAGUCUGUAUAGACUGCCGUCUAUAAACGUCUGUAUAGACUGGCGUCUAUACAGACUCUGCCGUGUCUUUGAACCCCAAUCAGUUAUAACAUAUAUAAUGACAGCCUCGAAAUAUGUUUUUCACUUAGCAUAUUUCUCUGAAUAUUAACACAUUGAAAUGAUUUAAAGUAAAAUAGUCUUUUACUUUUACUUAAAGUAAAAUAGGCUACGAGAAUAAAUGUUUUUGAAUACAGUACUAGUCUUCAGAAUGAUUGUGUAAUAAGGAUUACCGGUAAAGGGUGUUUUUUUUUUAAAAAGCUCAGGUUAUAUAGUUACAUCAUAUACAUACAUUGUAUAAUUGAUAUAUUACAUGGUCAAUCUUGGGUACAAGUCCAAUAUAUCAAGUGUUCCAGUA